AUGAAGCUACAAUCUCAAGAUCAAGGGAUUCGUCCCUUAGUGAAAGCAGCCGAGACCUUUUUUGCCACGAGCAAGUCUUCCUUAGGGGGGGUUUCGUCAGCUGAGAAGGUCCCUAUGGGAGUUGCUCCUGCCUCAUCUGUCGGGAUUAAGUGCCUCAUCAGUGCAAGCAGUAAAAAGGUCAAUGGCAUGCAAAAGGUCCAGGAUAUUAUGCUCAAGUCUCCACCCGAACUACCCAAAACCUGUGAUAUGCUUUGUAAGGAGGCCGUUGAGAAGAAAGAUUUGGGUCGUCAGUGCCAUCAAAAUGAGAUGACUGUACCUCUGCAUAGCAACCAUGACUCGUCUGCGAGGCCACGAGAAAUUAAGCGUGGAGCUGACUUAAUGUUGCAAGUUGUGACCAAGAGAGCUAAAGAGUCGUCUACUCAAACAAAGAGUCAUUCAGUUGCUCGAACUACCGAUUCGGGAGUUGCCACAGAGGCAUCCAAGAAUGAGAUUGCUGCUAAUGCGUACAAGCUAGGAUAUUUGGACUGUAUGAAUUGUGCUUCUCCUUAUUUCCCUCUCGAACAUAAAGAUGAUGAGCAGCUCUAUCUUGAUCUGCCCCUUGCUCAAAGUGAGCAAAUCAAUGCUAUGGAUGUAGAAGCAGUUGAAGAGUAG